AUGGAUGAGUUCCGAUGUCCUCAAACCCGAAAGCAGCAGAGCAAACACAGGAAAAGGCUGAGCCAGGACCAAGUGAGGCUAUUGGAAACCAAUUUCAACUUCAACAACAAGCUCGACCCGGACCGCAAGUCCCGGCUGGCGCUGGAGCUGGGCAUCCCGCCUAGACAAGUCGCAAUUUGGUACCAAAACAAGCGCGCUAGGGAGAAGAACCAGAGCCUCGAGGCCGACCACAAGACCUUGCAACAACAACUGGAAAACGUGGUGGCUGAAAACGCAAGGCUGGAGGGAGAAGUGGAAAGGCUUAAAGCUGAGUUGAAUAAGAUCCAUGACGUUUUGAAUGCUUUUAAUUCAUCGACUUGUUGUGAAGAAGUUGGGAGCUCCAGUUUGAGUUCUGAGCAGAAUUUGGAGAAAGAAUUGUACGCUGCUUUAAUCGGUGUCCGAGACCCGUUUGUGGCGCCGGAUGGGUAUGAUUUCUUUGGUUAA